UUUGGGAUGAAAAUCAAGAAGAUUCCAUUCUGACGCUUUGCAGGUUUGAAAGUCGUUUUCCGCAUCCUCGGUGGUGCGCCCGCCUGGGCUCACCUCUGCUUUUUUCUUCUCCGCCAAGUCCUUCCCGUUUUCGCCUCAUCUUCCUUUCUCUUAAUAUCGCCUUUUCUGGCUUCAAUUUCAAAAACCCAAAAAUGUCUACUGUGCUUUCUCCUUCCCAAUGUCUAGCUCUGAAUCUUCGACCAAUCUUCUUAUACACAAUCAUCCAUUUGGCAGUUCAUAGUUUCUAUCUCUUGCUACUUUACUCAUUGCGCUGGUUCUUGAAAUCAAUAGGUACCUCACCUCUGAAGAGUGAAGAUCUAAGUGCUGAAGUAUUAAAGCUUCUAUUUGGGUGAUCUGCAUAUUCAACAAAUUACAGGAUGGAUUGCUGGAUUUUGAAGGCGACUUAUCUAUUAAAAAACCCUCUUACUUAAUCUUGCUAUUCUUGCUUUGUGGUUUGUAGGGUUAACUUGCAGAUUUGGGUACUGGUGUCUUGCAGAAAUGAUCAUCAAUUGCCAUUAUCCUUUUGUGGUUUUCAAGUCUGGUGCCUAAAGUGUGAUGAUUGUGGAUCUAAUUUUCAAAUCGAUUAUACGGUUUAAGUGUUAUGAUGCUUUUGGUUGGCUUUGCCAAGCUUAUCUUGGUUUGGAGAAUUCUAUUUCCUUUGUUUAUGUCUUAGUUAGUACAGUAAAAUGCAGAAAUAAUCUAAAAAUAGUGCUAUGUUAUGUCACUGGUUUUAUCUCUAUUGUUGAUUUGUUAAGAGGAGGGGAUGAUAUAAGGAGAGAUACUGAUGCAAUCAACGGGUGGGUAGUAUGAAGUAGGUCAUUGAAAGGGAAGUUGGUUGUGGGAGAAGUUCUUUCACGAGAAGUUGCUGGCUUUCCUCUCUUAUGGAUCUGCUUUUUCAAGCACCAUCAGGGGGUAUUGUUAUUCAAGGAUCUCCAUCAAACCUCUCUGUCUUCUUUUUGGUGUUCCAUUGCAUGAGAUAGCUGUUUCAAGCAGGUUGGCAGGAAGGGUUAUCCUUGCUCCGAAGCUGUGAGUCCUCAGAUCUGUCUCUUGCCUUUGUUCUUCAUUGUUUGAAGAAUGGAAUAACGCCCAAGCUAUUGAAGAGCUUCCUUGUUGGGGAUGUGCUGCAAAUUAAGGCAUGGGAUUAUUCUGCCCUUGUGUAAAAUGAUUCAGCUAGUCUAUCUUUAUAUCAGCGUGUAUGUUUAGGCAAUAGGGCAGGUGAUUAGAAGAUAAGUAGCUUCACCAAGCACAAGAUGAUUCUGAUUCUGGUGUGAUUUCUAAUUGCAAAGAGAUGGAAGAGAAUUAGAUAAUUCAGUGUGUUAUUGGAGGCCCUUAAUUUUAAUGAAUUGGGAAGAAGUCUUGCAUCUCAGAUAUGUUCCUUGAAGAAAAACUGUUACCGAUGUUUUCUGUCCUUUAAGGAGGAUUUGAGAAGCAAGUUGAUGCUGGAUAUUUGCAACUUUUUUUUUUUUUUGGGAUUGCAUCUGCUGUUAAUGGACGAGUAACUCACGUUAUGCAUUGAGGGACAUAUAGACUGCAACAACAGGCAGCUUAAGAAGGGUUCCCUUUGGAAUGUUUUAAGGUACUUUGACUACAGAGAAUCAUUGAGUAACAAUUGUGAGCUUGGAGUUUUUUUUUUUUAAUUGCUUUAGGUUUUAGGUAUCGCAAAGAAUUUGAGAAAUAGUUGUUGUAAUAUUUUGUUAAUAGUGAAUUUUUUGCUGUCUUGUACGGUUGUUUUUCCCUCAACAUCGGAGGGUUUGUCACAUAAAUUCUGUAUUCUCUUCUAUUUAAUUUCCAUGUUGUCUGACA